CGUCGCCAGUAGCACGGACCCCUGGACCUCGAAGCUCGACGUGUGUCAAGCUGUAGACUGCGAUUUUCUCUUCGUUCUCAUCGAUUCCAGCGACUUAAGAGCCAUGGCAAAAGUACAGGAGCGUCUCGCUGUGCUCAGCAUGAACAUCUUCUGCCGCCCUGAAGGCAUUCACAGCGGUCAGUGGUUCAAAACUGGUGACUACAAAGACUUGAGAGUGGCACUGCUUCUCCGUAAAAUGGCCAAAUUCGACGUGGUGAUCCUCCAGGAGAUGUUCGAGGCCGGACCAAGACAGAGGCGCUUCGUGCGCGAAGCCUACGCCAUGGGCUUUCGCUACCACUGCGGCUCGGUAUGGCCGCGACUUCUGGACUCCCGCCUUAUUGAUGGCGGACUGCUGAUUCUCAGUCGCUACCCGAUCGUUGAGCGCGACCAGCUUGCGUACUCGCAAGGCUCCGGCAGCGACGGGAUCUGUGCCAAGGGCGUGCUCUACGCUCGCAUCCAGCUAUCGCCGGAUCUCUCGGACUCACUCCACGUGUUCACUACACACACGCAAGCAGGUGACAACUACAAGGACUACAGUAUUCGUCUCGCUCAGCUUCAAGAGAUGCACCGCUUUAUUGCCAGAACGAUCCGAGACGACCCUGGAGUACCUGUCCUCAUCACAGGCGACUUCAACCUGGACGCUCGACAUGAUUUAGUGCAUGACUCGCAGACUGGGUUGGCCAUAUCUACUCGAUGUCGAGAGAGCAAAGUGUAUCAGCAACUUGUGGCAGACUUUGAGCGUGUGGUGCGUGAGGCGAGGUUGAACUUCGCGAGGGAAGCGGGAAAAACUGUCGAUGCAGACAACACAGCAGACCCUCUCAUCAUCGACCUUAUGAAGCGUUGUGAUACUACCAAGCUCGGCGAAGAGAUCCACCCGAUCACUAAUGGUGACGGACACUCUCUACUUUUCCACAAGACGGACCCACUCUCUUUGGAGAAGGAUGGCAAGUGUAUCGACUACAUGUUCUUCUUCCCAGGCGUCAAUGACCAGACAUCAGUCUCUGCCACUACUAGUACUGACAGUACGAACGAUGGAGACGAUGAUGACAAUGCAAGUGUGGAGUCUGUAGUAUCACCACGUUUCCGAUUGACUUUAGUGGACGAGGGCACAACAGUGGACCAUUGCUCCGUGACAGAGCUCACUGAAAACGACUACGGUGAUCAAUCCCAACAAAGUCUUCAUCGACAGUUGCCGAUAACGCAUUUGUCCGAUCACUACGGACUGCGUGCCAUUUUUUUGCUGGAAACCACGAGUCUGGAGCAUCCAGACGGGACUCCAGUAUCGACGAACGAGUCACUUGCUUCCAUACUGCAGCUCUACUUCCCUCAACACGCGUUUGCCCAACAACCACGACGGCUUUGGAAGUGGAAACUUGCAUUCGCGUUGCUCGCAAUCGUUGCCUCUGCUGGUGGCGUCACUCUCGUACUCGUGCGCACCGUGCUCAAUCUUGUAUUGAAGUAAUUGAACACCAGUGUAUGCUUUAAUAGAAAACAACGUGCAAAACUUGAAAGAACAUAUUUAUAAAUGAAGGUACCAGCGUGACAGUUAACUGCGAACGCUCUAGCGCGAGCAACAGAUCAGUCGUCGGUCUCUCCUCUGCUUCUAUCGCUGCGUAGUCUACUUAAGCGAAAGACUUCUCGAAGUACGCGA